AUGUCGCAGACGCUUGAGUUUCUUCUUCGCCGUACUGCCGUCCGCGCCAUCACUGCGUCGCCUUCCAAGGCGUUCCUUGCGAAGCCCCGACCCAUCAACACCGCCACACCCUCUGCCUUCCGUCUAAGACAACAGCAAUGGUCAAUCUCAUCUUUCCAGAGACGAUUCGCUAGCGAUGAAGCUGCAAAGACGGAGCAGGCUGAGGCUGCUGCCGCCGACACCCCAGAGAACUUUGCGCAGACAGCCGCUGAGGCACCCGUCGAGGAGAACUUGACACCGGCUCAGCAAGAAGUGCAAGCCGAGCCCACCGACGCCUCUGCUACCGUUGAUGCCGACGCGCUCGAUGCUGCCGUCGAACACGCAGACAAAGGCAGGACGUUUAAGAAGCCACGGACUACUCCCCCCAACAACAUGCUGUACAUUGGCAACCUGUACUACGAAGUCACUGCAGAGCAACUGAAGCGCGUCUUUUCCAAAUUUGGCGAUGUUGAGAGCACCAGGAUUGUCUACGACAACCGAGGCCUAAGCAGAGGCUUCGGAUAUGUCGAAUUCAAGAACGUCUCGGAUGCGCAAGCUGCCCUUGACAACCUCGACAUGCAGGUCUUCGAAGGCCGCAACCUCGUCGUCCAGUUCCACCAAGCCAAGCCCAACUCCAGGACCCGCAACACGAGCACAAACAAAUUCGAAGCCAAUCCUCCUUCCAAGACACUGUUCAUCGGCAACAUGUCUUUCGAGAUGUCAGACAAGGACCUCAACGACCUUUUCCGUGAUGUUCGCAAUGUCAUGGAUGUCCGUGUGGCCAUUGACAGGAGGACCGGCCAACCCAGAGGCUUUGCUCACGCAGACUUCAUUGAUGUUGCUAGCGCCACCAAGGCCAGGGAGGUUCUGAAGGAGAAGACCAUCUACGGCAGGCAACUCCGUGUCGACUUCAGCAAAUCUGGCACGGAACAACAGCGCAGCAAGCGUUCCGACUCUACCCAGGAGUAA